UUGGUCCAUCUAAGAUGCUAUUGAUUGUGGAUGGAAUGUUUGCAGGUGUCUGUCGAGGUUUGCUUGAGUAACAGAUUUUUGGAAUUUUCACCAAAAAUCUGAACUAACUUUGAUUAUUCAACAGAACAUACAACAUUAAUAAUGAGUGGAGAAGACAUUAAAAUCAUCGAACCAACUGACAGCCCUGCAAAUGGUGGAGGAGACACGGGUCUCCCGAUGUCGGUACCUGUGCUACGCGUGGAAAAGCUGAAGGAAGAGGAGUGCUCAAAUUAUAACAGUGACAGCGAGUGUGCCAGUGUAGGGUAUCCGUCAGAUGUAGAUGCUGAUAUUGUCAAUGAAUCAGUGGGAGAGUUUACCCCUCCGACAGACGAGCUGCGAGAUAAAAUUAUCACCCAAGUGGAGUUUUAUUUCUCAGAUGCUAAUAUCCUCAAAGAUGCUUUCCUUCUUAAACAUGUGAGAAGAAAUAAAAUGGGAUACGUCAGCAUCAAGCUCAUCACCUCUUUUAAGAAAGUCAAGUCACUUACAAAAGAUUUUAGAGUUGUUGCUUACAGCUUGAAACAGUCUGAGAAAUUGGAAGUCAAUUCAGAAGAAACUAAAGUUCGUCGUAUGGAGCCUCUACCAGAAUGGGAUGAAACAACGCCUUCGAGGACUGUAGUGGCAUUUAACUUGCCAAUGACAGAUCCUUCUAUAGAAUCAGUUGCUGAAUUGUUUUCUAAGCAUGGUGAGAUAGCCUUAAUUCGUAUAAUUAGGCCUGGCAAGGCCAUACCUUCUGAUGUAAAGAAGCAUCUUAGUAAGCAUCCCCAGCUGGAAACCUCAGUCUGUGCUGUUAUUGAAUUUGAAAACCAUGAAUCUGCCAAAAAUGCUGUUGAAAGUGUAGACAAAGACAACUGGAGAUCAGCCAUCCAUGUUGCACUUUUGGCAGAACCAAAAAAGAAAGAGAAAGGAGAGAAGAAAACUGAAAAUAAGAAAGAAGGGAAAAAUGAUAAGAAAAAGAACAAGAAAAAAGGUACUCGUAUAGAUGAACUGGCUCGUGAUGACUCCUCAUGCUACAGCAGUGGCUCAGAUGCUGAAUAUUCACCACUACCAACAAGAAAAAACCAACAACGUAAUUCUCUCAGUCCAAACCAGGACAUGAAUCGUCUCAGCCCCCACUCCUCGCCUAAAAGCAGCCCUCACACAAGUCCCAAAUCUAGUCCUAGGCCCCAGAGGAAAAACAAGGGGAAGUCUCCACUCAUAGAUUCUGGGCAUAGUCGCAGCCCAAAGGCUAGUCCACUAACCAGCCCAGAAUUGGGACGCAGAAGGUGCUACUCAGCAGGGGCAAGACCAGCAGGAGAUGGAUCUGACAUCAGCCCUUCCUCAAGUCCCUGGGUACAACGAAGAUUGAAGGCUGCUCAGGAUAUAAGUCCCUUGGCCAAGAUGCAGGGCAAUGGUGGUCCCUUAGUAAACAAGCGUACGGAAGAAAAAGAGAGAAUUCUACGCCAACCUCGUGGUCCGGAUGGUACAAGAGGAUUUGGGAAAGGCCGAGGUCAAAUAAUUAAUAGUUCCUAAUUGUUUUGUCAUAAUGUUUAUUAUUGUGAUGCCUUGUAAAAGAAUAGAGAACAGAGAAAUAUUUUUCAUAGGUCUCCAUUAUUUUUGACGUGUAACAUUAUAGUUGUGGGCACAUGUAUAUCCUUGUUAACCAAGUGCACCAUGGCAUUCAUGUUUGCAGACUCCAGAGGAGUUGAAUGAUGCAGGUUUCUGAUGUAAUGCUCAUUGAAGACCUGCUGUUGAGGUGACCUUGCUCAGAAUAAUGAGGACACUUUGUUGGAAAGAAAAAGGAAUGUUGAAAACCAGAAGUGAAAGGAGAUAUGAAUUUCAAGUUUUAAGAUUUGACAGUGUGUGCUUGGAAAGCAGUUUUUAGCUUUUAUAGCCCUAGACUAUGAUCAAGUAAUGUGGUUUAGUUUUAAGUUAAUGAAGAUGCAGCCAGCCAGUAUGACAGACAUUUGUUUACAAUUCAUGACUCGUGCAUGAUUCAAAAAUGAUUAAUUCAAAGAGGCAUUUUAAGAAUUGUAUUUGCCAACUAUUGUGCAGGUCUGUCUAUUUUUCAACCUUAGUUUUGAUGUAUAUAUAUACUGUGGCUGGGAGCUGGCCAGUAAUGGCAUUUUAGUGUAUAACUUGUACAUCUUAUUUCAAUCAACACUUUUGCAUAUGGCAGCUCUGAAAUGGGUCACCUUUUGUCUUAUGUACUAAGCCACACUAGUCACAUAUAAUGAAUGGCUGUGGUUCCAUAAUGAGGUCAUUUCUCUGAUUAAAUCCCAGUAGAACUUAAAGGAAUUUUUUAAUUGCAAUGCUGUUAUGGUCAUGUAUCUUUCAUUAAGGAAAUGUGUCAUUUAGGCAGCUGAGAUUUAACAGGUAGUUUGCAUUUUGAAUAAGAUGCCACGUUGUUGUAUUUUUGUAAAUUCAGGACUUUUGCAUCAGUAGUAAACACCAGAAUAUUGUCUUAUUAAAGCCAAAGGCAGGAACAUUCCCUGGUAUUGUACACUUCUACUGAUGUCCUCAUCAUAUGGUGCAAUAUAGGCAGCAGUCAUUUCCAAAUGAUAAGAAACCACUAGCUCUGUCAAUUAAUGAUUUGACUAGUAAUUUUUUAAAUCCAGAACUUUUGGCUACAAAGUGCAUAUGAUUUUUAGAUAAGGGCAGAAGCCAUAAGGGGGAGGUUACUGAAACUUUCAGGUCAUGUUUAUAGCUGAAUUUCAUAUGAAUUUGAGCCUUGGCUAUGGUGGUCAUGUACCAAAUAAUAUAAAUUAAUGUCACAUUGAUUUUUUAAUUAUAUGGUAUUUAUAUUCAAUCUUAAUUUUACAGGGUUGCAUUCAUUUAAGGUCUUUUCUUUACCUGAAUAAGGGGAAAAUUUAUUUUAUUUUUAUUUCUUAAAAAGCAUUUUAAAAUUGGAUGUUGAAAGUGCCAGUACCAAAAUGCUUACUUGCCAGAUAUGUAGAAGUUUUUCUUGGUUUAGUUCAGCCAUCUUUUUAUUUAAUACAUUGAAGUAUUUUAAGAUUAACAUUGGCGUUUUUACCUAAACACAUCCAGUUUGCAGUGAUAAUGCCUUUUUUUGUGUUAUGUGUAGUCUCAUUGCUGUAAUACAUUAAUCUUUCUAUAAUGGUUGGUCUAGCAGAAUUGAUAAGGUUAAUUUGGUUGUUUUUAUAUAAGUAAACACGUUGGCACUAGAGGAUAUAUUUAGUCUUGUACAUUUUUU